CGAAUCUGUAAGAGGCGAACAAAAUAGUACAUACACAUCAUCAGAAAGAAUAAUGUUAACAUAUUUCGUUUUGGUUCGAACUGAGUAUGGAUCACUUCCCGAUGAAUACGGUUUAUUAAAUUUACUUGCCCAUAAAAAUUUUGAUGAUGCUUAUCCUUUACAUGACGGUAAAUGGCAAUGGGAUAAUUACGGGCCCUUAAACGAUCGACAAAUUUUGUGUAAAUUUUGGGCAAACUGGCGUCACUUUUACAAAGACCAACCAACCCAUUUGAUCUACAAGUACUAUGGGCCGGAAAUCGCUUUUCAUUACGCUUGGUUAGGUUAUUAUACAAUAAUGUUACUUCCGGUUUCAAUUCUGGGUUUGAUUGUGUUUGUCGUGAGUCUUUUUAGAAUGUUCAUUGAUGAUAUGGAAAGAAUUAGAAUUGAAGAUAUUUGUAAUGACACUUUGGAUUUAUGCCCACCUUGUGUAAACGCAGCUUGUCUUCCACAAAAAAUUUACAAAUUUUGUAAAGAAGCCAUGAUAACUUAUCUUACAGAUAAUGAUUUGAGCAUAUUAUUUGCUUUUAUUAUUGUUAUUUGGGCAUCAAUUUUUUUGGAGUUAUGGCAAAGAAUCGAAUACACAUUACGUUAUAGAUGGAAUUUACUUAAUGUGAAACCCGACAUCGAUGAACGCCCGGAAUUUAAAGAACGAACGAAAAACUACGUUCGAAUAAAUCAAUAUACUGGUCUUAGCGAAACUUAUUACCCUAUCAAGUAUCAAUUAAGACAAUAUGCGAUUUCAGCUGUAUUCUGUUUAAUAUGUAUUGCCUUUUUUAUAGCAACAGUUAUGUGUAUUCGAGCAACCGUUUAUUUUUUUAGAUACAGUGUGUAUUUAUCGGAAUGGGAAUUUGUAAGAGAAUAUGGUGAUUUUGCUGUUAAAAUGUAUAGCGGCAUGGCUACCGUUAUUUUUAUUAAACUCUAUACUCCGGUUGUUACAAAAAUUUCUUUGUUCUUAACCGACAAAGAAGUUCAUCGUACCAGAAACUCAUAUUUAAACUCCUUUAUCCUAAAAAGUUUUGUAAUGUCAUUUUUUAAUACUUACACGACGCUGUUUUAUUACGCUUUUCUUAAGAAUUUGAGAUAUACUCAUCCUGGAGAUCAUCUUUCUUAUGAUAGCACAUUUGGAAUAGCAGCCGAUGUUUGCCCACCAGCUCUCGGUUGCACAGCGAGUCUUUCAAUACAUAUAUUGUUUUUAAUGUUGAAAAAUUAUGUGGUGAUGUUAAUUAAAAAGAGUGGAAUAGUUCCUUUGUUAUAUAAUUAUUACAAACGAGUAAAAAAUAUCCGCGCUCUCAAGAAAAAAGAGCAAGAUUGGUCGAAACAACACUUACCACAAUGGGAAGUCGAUUAUGAAUUAAUAAAACCAUGCCAAAUGUUUUUCUUGGAAAGUUUCACAUCAUCAGUUUUAGAAUUUGGUGCUGUUACAUUAUUCGUAGCAUCUUUACCUUUAUUACCCCUCCUAGCCUUAAUUAACAACAUAAUCAAUUUGAGAUUAUCAUCGAUGACCUUAACCAGAAGAAUUCGAAGAAGUAUCCCAUCAAGAGUUAAUGGUUUAGGUGCUUGGAAUACAGUUUUGCUUGUCCUAACAAGAAUUAGUUUUGUGAUAAGUGGUUGCAUUAUAGCUUUCACAACAAUAUUUGUUCAUAGAGUUACUUAUAUCAUUGAGAAAGGAAAUUACACCGGUUUCGUAUUCAAUACACUUUCAGCAUUUUUGAUAGAUGACUUCAAUACGCAAAUGCGUUCAAAUAUCAUAAAACAUUACCCGAAUUUAACAGCGUGUUAUUACCCGGGAUUAAGAAAACAUUACAACGAAACGCGGAAAUAUGAAUUAUCCGAUAGAUAUUAUCAAAUAUUAUCGUUUGAAUUGUUGUGUUUAGUCAUUUUUGUGCAUUUUGGUUUUUUCUGCACUAAUCUACUCACUAUUUUAAUCCCAAAAGAACCAGAAUUAAUCAGGGAAUCUAUCCAAUUUGAAGAACAGAAAUGGAAAAUGGAAAAUAUCAAUAAAACUGAAGAAUUCCUAGAAAACUAUAGCGUGAAUAGUUUCUAACACAAUGUGAAUACACAAAAAAUGUAUUUUUAUUUACACUUAACAUAAAUAAA